GUUAUUUAUACAGCAGCAGCAUCAUUAUUGCCGAUUGUUUUUGUCACCAUUGCAGGAUAAAUGGCCGAAUUUGAACGUUAUAAAAAGGCCAUUUUCAUCGCACCGACACCCAACUUCAUUCUUCAAACACAUAACAACUUUUUUAUUCAAAAUGUCUGGAACCCAAAACAACAAUCCUGGUAACUUUGCUAACCGUUCCAAGGAGGAAGUUCGCGACAUUGCCAGCAAGGGCGGUCAAGCUAGCCACUCUGGAGGUUUCGCCAAUAUGGAUUCCGAGAAGCAGCACAACAUUGCCAGCAAGGGCGGUCAAGCUUCCUCUGGUUCUUUUGAACCCGGUAGCGAGAAAGCCAGAGAAGCCGGUCGCAAGGGAGGUCUCGCAAAAGGCCAACACAACCAAUAAGCGUGUUAUGUCCCACUGACCAUGCUCCAUCGCUAUUAUGCGACUGUUUCUCUUUGUAAUUAACUCUUUCUUUCAAUUCGAGAUUUUUAACUAGUUUGUUUCUAUUGUAAAAAUCUUUGUCAAAUAUAUUUGAUCUAUUUACUGUAACA